UAUGUUUUAAGGUUAUCAAGUUUAUUAUCAUGGUUAUGUUACAGUUAUGUUGGCUGUUGUAAACAUAACCUCGCUUUGGUUUUGGCAUGACUUCAACCUCAAAAAUACUUAACUUUUUGUGAUACAUAUAUAACAUUUAUAAUGGCAAAAUUAGGAAAUUAUUACGGAUUAUGCCCUUUAAUUGAUCACAAGAGUUUGUUAGGAAUUACGGAAGAUUCAGAAGCAGGUCAUGUUAUUGUCACAUUAGGAAAAAACAUAUGCAUCAAGUACAGAAUUGCAGAUCAAAAGCAGAUACACAGUUGGAGAACAAAAGACAAGUUUAGUUCUGCAGUCAUUUAUGAUUUCAGUUCUUCAAAAUAUGCAGCUGUAUUCAACAAUUUGUAUAUAAGAAUUUGGAAUGAUGGUGAAGAAAACAUUGACAAAUUGAAAAAAUACAAAUUCACCAAACAAAUACACUCUUUAAUACAAUGUGCAAAGCAGACUUUUGUAAUCUUCAAGGAUUUAUCAGUGUCUGAACUAAGCAAAGCUUUAGAAACUCGUAAGGAAAAAGCAGAAGAAACAAAGGAAGUUGAAAUAGUAGAUGUUCUUUAUUGUAACAGAAAGGAUGAGAUUUAUAUUGGAAUAAUCUCUAAUGAAGAAAAGCAUAUAUUUGAAUGGAGUUUAUUUAUUGAUGGUAAUUUCCAUUUUAAAGGUAGAGAGAAUUUAAAUGUACGAAAAAGUGUGGAAAUUGCUGGGCAUGUCAUGUGUCAUUUAGCAGUAGAGGGAUGCAUUAAACUACUGACUCUGUGGUCUGAUGGAUACAUGUAUGCUUAUCAAUUAAGUCCUUCGGUUUCAGAAGAUGAAAUAAAAUCAAAUAAAAAUUCAAUUGGAAAGCGUUUUGCUAUUUUACAGUCUCUGUCUUUGAAAAGUCCCGUAUCUAUGGUUCCCCUUAAUCAACAGUAUAUCGCAUUAUACGGGGCGGAUUGGAAUGAAGAGGGAGCAGUUUUACUUUUAUAUAACACACAAUUUAAAGUUAUACAAUCAAAGGUGUCUUUUAAAUUAUUUACAUCUGGUUCAAAACUUUGGCGAGUGGGAACUAACUUGCUUUUAGGAAUGGGACAUAAUUUAGCUGUCAUUCCAUACCAUUUACAUGAUGAGGAAUUGGCAACGUUGAUAGGAAGUCACAAGGAAGCAUUUGUGGAAAAUUCGAAUUAUUUAGAAUCAGAUGUAACAAUUGUUGAUAAAGUACAAUUACUGGAUUGGGACACUUUUAAAAAUGAUGACAGAAAAGAUGUUAUUUUGAAUGGCGUUUUUAAUAAAAAAGUUCCCGAAAAUAUAGCACCUAAAAUAGAUCAUUUGUUAGAAAAAGGGAGACCAGAAGCUGCAGUUUGUUCAGAAUUGUUGUCUCAGUUAAUUGAAGAGAAAAAUAUUGAUGUUAUUUUAGAUGCAGUGGAUUAUUUUGUGGAUGUACCUGAAGAAUCUAUUGCUAAAUUAAUAGAAUUUGGACUUACUGUAGACGCAAAAGUUUUCAAUAACAAUAAACAUAGUGAAAAUCUACCUGAAAGUUUACAGCCUGUUGGCAGACAUUUGUUUCUUGAGAAGAUAUUGGUAUUGAGGUUCAGCGACAUUUUAUUACUUCCACAUUUAAGACGCAACUUAGAUAUAGACGCCGUUUUAAAUCUACUGAUGUACAUACAACGCAUGUUUUCUCACGAGGUCUAUUGUCUGCCUAAAAUGGACUUUGUUGAAACGGAAAAAAAAUUAAUUGAAUGGACCAGUUUGUUAUUAGAUGCAAAAUACCAAACUAUUUUACUUUCGCAAAACGAUAGUGUUUUAAAUUUAUUGAAGUCAUUAAGUGAAAUUGUAGAACAGCAUUUGAACAGUUUGAAAGAAUUGGAUAGACUCUAUCCUGAACUUGAAAAAAUUAAAGCAAGAAAAGGAAACGAAAAUGUGCGCUCCUCGAGUUUGUUUUAUUGUGUUGAAAAAAUGAGUUUGUAUUAAUAAAUAUUUAAUAGUAA